GUGAACUUCCCUUCUUUGGCCCUUCACAAGUUUCACAUCGUUUUUCACAUCAUUUUUCUCAUGCUGACGCAGCAGCUUCAGAAAAAUGUGUUCGGUGAACUUGAACGUGCACCGCACAGCAUGAAAGACAUGAUGGACAGCUUUACUCCUCGCUACUUCAACAUGCUGCUCGUGUUGCUGAUGCUUUCAUCCACCGUGGACUGUCAGGUCCAGCAGGUUUCAGGCCACAUGAGCAAUGGUUCAUGUGCGUGUCAAGUCAACACCAACAUGUGGCUUUUCCCUACUGUGAAAUACGAGGCCACACAGCAGAAGGUCGAGUCUUGUGAGGAUUCCCUAACCGCACUACAAAAACAAGUGAACUUGUCCCACCAGCGUCUGCCUGAGAUCCAAUCAUUGAUGGACAACAUCACAGCCCGACUGGAGCCUUACGAUUACCUCAACUAUAGAGGUCUUUAUGCCAAUCUGCAUCUGCGUCCGCUCACCGAGGAUCUCAGCAAGCUAGAGAAUGACAUCAACGCCAUGUCCAUUCAGAUGGACAACGACCAAACCAAGAAACUUUCCAAAGAGGUCAGUAAACUGCGAAAAGAUGUGGACCGCAUGCACAUGUCAGACUCAAACAACAUGAAGACUGUGAGAGAGAAACUUCGCAAAUUGAAGAACAGCGCUGUCUCUUGUUUGUCCAUCCCCAAAGACUUCCGAGGUACACACAGGUAUUGCCUCAAUGGUCUCAUCACCAACAUCAGCCAACCGGUCACAACUAAAAUCAGUCCGUACGGGAAGACCUUCAUCUCCGGUUCAUGGGGUCAACAGACCCAACAGGACAGCGAAGGCCUGAAUACCGCCUACUGGGUCCAGCCUUUGGUCCACAGCCAUAUUUCUGGCAACACCCUUCGAGUUUAUCAAUCCUACGAAGACUUCAUGGCCUCCGCCAACCACAAAGAUUACGUCUUUGCUCCGCACAACGUCCACGUCGACGCCAUUGAAGGUCCGAGUGCCGUCCUGCACGGAGAGGCUCUGUAUUAUCACUGCUACCAAUCAGCAGAUGUUUGUCGCUACGACUUAAACAGCGAAAAGGUAGCGAGGGUCGAACUUCCCGGCAUCAAAGCAGGACUCACCAAGAAGUUCCCUUAUUGCUAUUACGAUUGUCGCGCCAGCACCGACGUGGACGUGGAGGUCGAUGAGACGGGGCUGUGGGCCCUCUACGCCACGGUCGGUAGCCACGGCAACAUCGUGGCGAGCAGACUCUCUUGGGACGACGAAAGCGCAACGCUCAACGUCACCCAGACGUGGGAGACGAGGCUGUUCAAGAGGGCGGUGACCAACGCUUUCAUGGUGUGCGGAGUGCUGUACGCGACUCGCUACCUCGACGACCACCGAGAGGAAGUCUUCUACGCGUUUGACACGGCGACAGGAAAGGAGGACAACACGCUGGCGUUGACGCUCGACAAGAUCAUCGACGGCGUCGCCAGCCUGAGCUUCAACCCCGUCAACCGCCGCCUCUACAUGUACAACAAUGGCUAUCUCCUCGCCUAUCAAGCACACUUCUGAAAUUAAACACAAAUAUGCAGUUAUGAUAAUCACCAAGUUGGCUUUAUUAAAGAGAUGUUUGUCA